CUGAGAGACAGCUCCACUGAAAGGAUGCAGAUUUAAAAAAAGAUAUAUAUUAAAACAGAAGGCAAAGAGAAACAGACGGCACAAGUUGUACAGACUGCUUUUGGAGUACACACGACCAGCUGCACUCGUGGGGCAGCAGAAACUGCAUACAGAUUUCAGGAGGGCUGUGUCUCUGCUCUUUCUUGAGUGUGUAAAUGGGAACAUUGAUCUUUCAGCAGUGCUACUGGCUAGUACCAAUUAGGAGCAGUAAGCACAUGUUGGGGGGAGAGAGGCAAACAAGGGAGCUUUAAAGACACUUCUCAUAAACUUUGUGGGAUUUAGAUGUUGAAGGAGGGACCUCAGUGAAUGAUGGUUUGAGGAUACUGCUACCCGAGUCUGAAACAGCCAGUUCAAAGUUAAACAGAACUAGUAGAGUGAUAAAGACUUAAGUAUAUGUUUUGUAUAUCCAACAGUGAGUAAGGGGACUCAUUCAUUGGAUGGAUGUUUUGAUGUGUCACUGAUACUGACAGACAGAACUACAUUGCUGGAAGAAGUGGCUGCCAGACACUGAGGCACACUGAAUUGUAGGGAACUUUCGAGAAGCUGUACCUCUGGAAUGCAUCAGAACUGAGCUCACCCUAUUAUACAAACUACUCAUCUCGACAGGACUCUUAUAGAUCCAGUCAUAUUGGUCUGGGCUGUACUUGCACAGGAUCAAGCUGGACCCUUCCUCAUCUGGGGCCAUUCAGGAUCUGGUUUGGCCCUGCUGUAUUUGGCUGCACUACUUUUAGAUACAUUGGUCAUAUUUGCAUCUCUAUUGAUCAAGCCUCACUUAACUGAAGGAGCAUGUGUACUUUACUUUGGUUGUAGUUUAAUGUCAUUAACAUGGACUGUGCAGGGCUGGCUAGAGUUUUUUGACUUCUGCUAGACUAAAGUUUGUGGGUUCUGUGUAUGGAGAUAAAACACUUCUCCUGAAAGGUGAUGAGACAUAUUCUGCAUAUUCGGGGGAAUUAAGACAUAAGCUGCCACACCAGGAGGGACAAACAGUUCUAAACUGUUUGAACAGAAUACAACAACCUAUUAUAUUUUUCUUAGACUUGAAUCAGUGGCAGCUGCUCCUUGCAUUGAUAAAUAAGUUUCAUUCUGGGCUUGAUGCAAAAGAAGAAAAGUCACUGAGUGUAUUACACUUUUUGGAUAUUUCUGCUCCCUGCAUAUGCAUUUCUCUAUUCCCACCACAUUAUCCUGUUGUAUCAGGCUGUCAGAGCAGUGCUGUAUACUCUGACCCACAGAAUCUCUGGCCCUUGCAUUCUAUUACAUUUCCUGACCACAGGGAAACUUGGUGGUCUUCUAAUAUAAUAUAUAUCACCCUCCUUGUAAACGUGUAUCAUAGGCCCUCAGAAUGUGUGUCCAGUUCAUGGACUUUGUAUCCUGAUCUCUUGUUUUCCAUAUCUCUCCACUGUAAACAUUUUCGUUGGAUGCUGUAUCUUCUUCAUAACCUGGUACCUUACUUUUGCGGCUGUGCAACUAUUUCUUUUUUCUACAUAUUGGUAACAUACUGUUUUUACCUCUGCUUCUGGAUACUCUGUCUUUCUGGUCCACUCUCGAUCCUCUAGUUUUGGAUUUCUACAUUCUUUUGCUGUUCUCCCAGUGGCACAUAUAGGACACGGGAUACUAGUGCUGGAAAGCACAGCAUUGAACAGUGACUGCUGGUAAUGAGGAACUGCUGCUGUAGCUGAGACUGAUUCAGAAUGACACCACUCUGCAUUCUACUCAUCUGCCUUCUGCCCCAGUGGAGCUGGGCACAGGGAGUGUACGCUCCUGCUCAUGCACAGAUUGUUCAUUCUGGCCAGGCAUGUGUCAUCAAAGAUGACAUCAUCAGCGAUGGCGUCUACACCAUUCGUGAGGGUGACACCCUGGAACUCAAGUGCCUGGUGAAAGGCCACCCCAGACCCCAGGUGAGAUGGACAAAGACAGCAGGCAGUGCAGCAGACAACUUCCAGGAGACGUCCAUAUUCAACGAGACAUUUCGGAUUGAAAAGAUCCAGAGAACGCAGGGGGGUCGCUAUUACUGUAAAGCAGAAAAUGUGGUUGGCAGGCCUGUCAUCAAGUCCAUUCGAGUAGAUGUGCAGUAUCUAGAUGAACCAGUUUUGACUGUCCACCAGACCGUCAGUGACACACGCGGAAGCUUCUACCAGGAAAAGACUGUAUUCUUGCGCUGCACUGUCAACUCAAACCCACCUGCCCGUUUCAUAUGGAAGCGGGAUACAGAGACCAUCACAAACAACCAGGACAAUGGCGUGGAUAUUUACGAACCACUGUACACUCAGGGAGAGACCAACGUACUGAAAUUAAAAAACCUUAGACCUAAGGAUUAUGCUGUGUAUACCUGCCAAGUGUCAGUGCGGAAUGUUUGUGGUAUACGAGAUAAGUCCAUUCGAUUCCAGUUAACCAACACCACAGCUCCAGCAAACCUCAAGCUGUCAGUCAAUGAAAGUCUGGUGGUGAACCCUGGUGACAAUGUCACAGUACAGUGCAGUCUCACUGGAGGUGACCCCAUCCCAAGCAUCUUCUGGACCCACACUCCUGGCUCUAUGCCUGCGAACAGUCGAACUCAAGGGGGAAGUUUGACCAUCUGGAAUAUGCAGCCACAAGAUUCUGGAUUCUACAACUGCACUGCUAGCAACAAUGUGGGGAAUGCUGCUAAGAAGACCGUAAAUAUCAUGGUUAGAUCGAUGAGAAAUGCUACAUUUCAGAUUACUCCAGAUGUGAUAAAAGAAAGUGAAACCAUUGAGAUGGGUCAGGAUUUGAAGCUUUCCUGCCAUGUGGAUGCAGUGCCACAGGACAAGGUGGUCUAUACUUGGUAUAAAAACAAUAAGGCCAUAAAAGCUUCAGAGCGCAUCAUAAUAACACGGAAUGACCCUGAGCUAACACCUGUGACCAGCAGCUUGGAAAUUAUUGAGCUUCGUUUCACAGAUUAUGGCACUUAUCUAUGUGUGGCAAGUUUUCCUGGAUCACCUGUCCCAGACCUCAGUGUCGAAGUAAACAUUUCUGGAGAAACAGUGCCACCAACUGUUAGCGUACCAAAGGCAUUGUCUGUGGUAACAAUUCGUGAAGGUAGAAGUGCAGAGCUUCAAUGUGAGGUCCGUGGAAAACCAAGGCCUCCCCUCCUGUGGUCUCGGGUUGAUAAAGAAGCCCCUAUGCCAUCUGGUGCCAUGGUGAUUGAAACCAUAGACGAAAAGCUUCAGCUAGACAACGUCAGCCGAGAGAUGAGUGGAACAUACAGAUGUCAAACAGCUAGAUACAAUGGCUUUAACAUCCGACCGAGGGAAGCACAGGUUCAGCUUAAUGUUCAGUUUCCCCCUUUGGUGGAUCCAGCAUUCCAAGAUAUCCGCCUGGGUCUUGGCCGCAGUGUGUCACUAAAAUGCACCAUGCUUAAAGGGAAUCCUGAAAAAAUUGCAACAGCUACAUGGAGAUUUAAUGGGAAGCUACUUAGUGUUCCUCCAACUGAACUUCCAAAUAUUGCAGAGCUAAAGAUUAACAGCAUGGCCAAAGAGUCCAAUGGCACUUACGAAUGUUCCAUCUCCAAUGAUGUGGGCACCUCUUCAUGCAUCUUCUAUGUGUCAGGUAAAGCAUACCAGCCAGAGUUUUACUAUGACACGCCCAAUCCCAUCAAGAGUGACAAGACAUUCAAAAACUACUCUUACACACUACAGUGGACCCAGAUGGAGCCUAAUGCCGUGGACCCAGUUUCAAGUUACCGCAUUGAUAUACGUCAGGCAAAUUCCCGGACAUGGAUUAGCAAAAUGAAGCCAGUGAGAUCGGUCGGGAAGGGAGAGUUGAUUGAAUUCGUUGUUACAGACCUCAAGAUACCUCAGAGUUAUGAGAUUAAGAUAACACCGAUCACUAUUUUUGGACUUGGGGACACAGCAAAUCGUUUUAUUGAAUAUAAUGAAACCACUGGCUACCACAACCCGACAGAUAUGACCUGUCGCUUUGAAAGUGAGAAGAUCUGUGGCUAUACACAGGAUCAAAACGAUCAUUUUGAUUGGACCAGACAGAACAACUUAACUCAGAACACUAAACGCACACCAAACACUGGACCCACCAUAGACCGCAGUGGGAUACCAGAAGGUUAUUACAUGUAUAUUGAAGCAUCCAAACCUCGUGUCAAUGGUGAACGAGCACGACUCAUUAGCCCUGUCUACAACAUCUCUUCAAAGCCAGGCUCGCGAAGCUACUACUGUGUUUCCUUCUAUUACCACAUGUAUGGGAAGCAUAUAGGUUCCCUGAAUGUUCUUGUUCGAGGACGAGGCAAAAGGACAAUGGACACACAAGUGUGGACACUGAGUAAAAAUCAAGGGAACAGGUGGAAGCAAGCCAACAUCCCUAUUAUCCCUUCUACUCCAUUUCAGAUUGUCUUUGAAGCUAUAAGAGGAGAUGGUUAUGAAGGAGACAUUGCAAUUGAUGACAUCACUGUGACUAAGGGGGACUGUGCAAAGAGACCAUCUGAGCAAAACACAGAUGUGGUACCUCCAGGAGAUACAGCUGCUGAACGUCAUAUCUUGUCAUCUUAUGGACUUCUGCUAUUGAGCAUUUUUGUAUGGCUCAGAUGAUGAUCCUCUACUUUUCACUUGCAGGAACAUGAUGGGACAACUAGUCUUUUUGCCACCUUCCUGCCAUAUACAUAUCUUCCUCACUUUGAUAACCUCAAAAGGCACAUAUGUGUCAAUUGCAACCAAAGACUUACAAUACUAGGCCAUGACCUGAAACUGACUGAUGCUCUAAAGACUUACUGGCAAAUAUCAAAACUGUAAAGAAUUCUUUUUUUCCUUGAGAUAAAAAAAAAAAAGACUGCUUCCACUUAGAAGUUUACAGACCUUUAUUUUAAAAAGAAAAAAAGCACAAGUUUGUACUACAGAGAAACUUCCUUUUAGAUGUCCAGCUAAGGAUCUAACCCAUGAUAACUAGCAGGAAAGUAUUGUUUCUGAAUGACUUUGACUCCUGCCAAGUACACAGGAUACUUAAAAUCAAGAAGACAUGCAUCAUAUCAUGUUAUCAGUUGCAAUGACCUACUAAGAAACUUUAAUUAAUAGCUGUUUCCAGAUGACAGUCAUAAGUCCUCCACUGUCAGCAUGUACGCCACUGUGCAUCUGUAUACAUGCACACACAUAUAAGUACUCAUAGCCCUUAUUAUGUAGCUUCCAUGCAUUUAUUUUAGUGGCAUAGCCAAUGCGAGUGCACUAUGCUUUCAGGAUAAGCUGAAACUAUCAUGCAUUUCAUAGGAUGAGUCUGAAUCUUGUUCUUUAGCAAAAGGCUGCUAGUUGAAGUAGGAUGUAGCACAGAGCAGCAUGGUUUCCUAUUGCUGUCAAUAGCAAACAUUUAUAUAUCAGGUUACUUCACUGUUUUCUUAUCUUUUUUUUUUUUUUGGGAGAGGGUGUUUCUUGCACAUUCAUAUUACACAACUAAAUGCCUCUAAUCAUGUCUAAAACCAUGUCUUACUCUUCGGGGAUACUGCAUUGUACUCAGUAGCAAAAAGUGCAUCUGAGUGGGUGAAAUAAAUCAGGAUGGCAUUACUGCAGCUCAAUGGUGUCUGAUGCAGCAAAGCGCAUUUACAGAACAACUCCAGGUUAAGAACCAUGUAACUUAGUAGUAUUGGCAAGAAAUAAAUGUUAGAGGAUGACAUGCA